GGACACUCUCUGCAGUCAGUCCAUCUGCUUUAACUUGUUUUUACCUUUGUUGUGACAAUGAUGGGAUGACCGUGCUGACUUUGCACACUUCGAAAUAUGGCAGGUGAGGCAGAAUGCUCUUAUGAAGGCUUCUACCAGUUCCGCUGCAGAACAAACGAACAGGAAACAUUGGUUAGAUUUUUUCAAGAACAUGGCAACGAGACUGGUUUUCAAUCAGCACAAAGUUUUAUUAGCAUCGGCGCAGGUGACGGUCAUCUCGACUCGGAGUUGAUACGGAAUUCCCUACCCGAACUAGCCUCGUAUACAGGAAUUGAAUGCGGUCAUCAGAUGUACGGCCAUCUUUGUGCUACCCUGCAGAGAAGACACGAUGAACGACGUGAUUCUUUAUCUACCCUGGACGUCCGCUUGGUUAACAGUACAGUGGGGGAGUAUCCAGGCCCUGACGGCCCGGUUGACGUGGUUUUCAUGAUGCAUCUGCUCUACUACUUCGGGGAUGAGCGCUGUUCUGUCAUCCAGAAAGCCAUGGACUGGCUUAAACCUCGAGGCCGACUUGUUAUAGGCGUUGUUAAUAAAGGAAAUAUCCUACAAAAAUUAGCGAACGUUGGGAAAACCAAUUUGGUGUCAUGGGUAGAGAAGAUCGCUACCAAUCUGCAGACGCUGGGACUGGGGUACACCGAAUACGAAGUGGUUCACGAAUUCCGCCCCGCCGGCUGUGACCGGAGAUUCGCAGAGUUCGUUCUGAGGAGAGCCCCUGUCAUUGAUGCUGAGGCUGAUGAAAUCUUCAACUUUUUACCGACACAAUAUGAACCUGGAACGACACAUAUUAAACAUGGUACCCAUGUCUUUGUUAUCCAGAAAGAAAAGUGUAGAUAGAGUGACCUCCCUUGUCAGAUGAAGGCAAGGUGACACAGCCUCUGUAACCAACGAGCAUGAUACUAUGUAGGUUAUGUCAUCACAGUAGCUACUUGUGACCUCAGUAACCAGCAACACUCAAGCUUUGUAGGUUAUGUCAUCACACUAUCCACUUGUGACCUCAGAAACCAGCAAGCAUCAUGUUGUGUAGGUAAUGUAGUCACAGUAUCUACUUGUGUCCUCAGUAGGUUAUGUCAUCACAGUAGUUACUUGUGACCUCAGUAACUAGUGAGCAUAUUGCUGUGUAGGUUAUGUCAUCACAAUAUCUACUCGUGGCGUCAGUACCCAGCGAGCAUGAUACUAUGUAGUUUAUGUCAUCACAGUAGCUACUUUUGACCUCAGUAACUAGUGAGCAUCAUACUUUGUAGGCUAUGUCAUCACAGUAGCUACUUGUGUCCUCAGUAACCAGCGAGCAUCGUACUGUGUAGGUUAUGUAGUCACAGUAUCUACUUUUGACCUCUGUAACCAGCGAGCGUGAUAUUAUGUAGGUUAUGUCGUCACAGUAUCCACUUGUAACCUCAGUAACCAGCGAUCAUCAUACUGAGUAGGUUUUGUUAUUACAGUAGCUACUUGUGACGUCAGUAACUAGCGAGCAUGAUACUAUGUAGGUUAUGUCAUCAUAGUAGCUACUUGUGACGUCAGUAACCAGCGAGCGUCAUGCUGUGUAGGUUAUGUCAUGACAGUAACUACUUGUGACAUCAGUAACUAGUGAGCAUUAUGUUGUGUAGGUUAUGUCACCACAGUAACUACUAGUGACCUCAGUAACUAUUGAGCAUCGUGCUGUGUAGGUUAUGUCAUCACAGUAACUACUUGUGACGUCAGUAACUAGUGAGCAUCAUGUUGUGUAGGUUAUGUCAUGACAGUAGUUACUUGUGACCUUAGUAACUAGCGAGCACCAUGCUGUGUAGGAUAUGUCAUCACAGUAACUACUAGUGACCUCAGUAACUAUUGAGCAUCGUGCUGUGUAGUUUAUGUAAUCACAGUAACUACUUGUGACCAUUUUUCUGAAAAAAAAAACAUGUAGUUGUAAAGCAUUCAGCAGUGUUUCAAAGGACUCGUGAUUGCUUCAACUCAUGUUCCAGAGUGUGGUCAUCCAAUAGUGUUUAAACUGUUUUGUUAACACUUUCUGUUCACCGUUUGUUCCAGCCUUACCUUACCUAAACUGGGUAUUUAUCUUAACUAUCCAACAAAAUAGAUGUUCAUACAUUUUGUAUAAAUAAAUGUUAUAUAUUUUAUUCGGUGCAUAAA